AUGACUUAUAUGAGAAGCCAUGAAGAGAUUACUUGCUCCAAUAAAACGGUACAAACAGAACAAUCUAUUUACCUUUCGGAUGUUGAAGAGCACAUGUUAUAUUUUAUAAGGACAUAUAAAAUUAGCAUUUUGCGGUUAUGCACCCUUUGUUAUGGCGUGGUGUACAACUACAGUGCGAAGAAGUACACUGUGGAAACAGAGCCUAUCUUAAUAGACAGCGACAGCGACGACGAAGACCCGCCAGAGUCGCCAGAAAAGAAUAAAUAUAUCAGUGCCUCGUGUGUAGACCAAUCGAUACUUGAGGCACUGCACAAAAACUACAAAAGGCCUCCUAAAACUGCUCGUAAUACCGUGACAGAAAGUUCGAGUAGACAAAGAUAUAGACCUAACUCCAUUAUAUCAGUAAAAGAGAUCGGGAUUAACACCGACAUAUCUGGGAAUUGCCACGCUCGUACAGAAGCACCAGUAAAAAGUAACGUGCCAAAUAUCACAGCAAGUUUACCCCAAAGAAGAGAUAUGGACUUGUCAAGUUCACGUUCCAUGGAUGUAAAUCCAAAGACCUUCAUCUUAAACAGAUGGGCUCAGGAAUCGAAUACAUCUCAAGAUUCGACUUCACAAAUGGACAGCAGUAACCAGUCACCACCAGUCAGCAGAAAAGAGACAGUACAGAUCACAGAAAGUCGGAUGAUACCACCAAUUGAAUACAAUGACAUUAUACAUGAGCAACUACCAUCAACACAGCAGCAACCGUUUGAUGAACCGGUAUCACAGAAUAAACCUGUACGAACAGAUCCAUCGUCUGUACCUGGUUCUAGCGGGUCGGUAUUAAAAUACCACUUGCAAACACUUUUGCCGUCGGCCCCUGACAGAGGACACGACGGAUCACCGGAAACUCCCAUACCCUUAGUCAAAAAGGUCACAGAGAAUGAACAAGACAUUUUUUGCCCGAGGCCGAAGUCUGUUUUUAAUCCAGGACCAGGGCACGAGUAUGUGUCCCCACAUACACUGUAUUAUCCCCCGUCGACGCAUUUUGAUCGAAUGGAAUUGUUCGGUAGAAAUGAAUUGGGAAACCACAGGUUCUUACCAUAUCCAAACUUACAACAAUAUUCGAAUACUGAGAAUAUGAAUACUUUGGAUUUGUCUUCUGGAAAUCACUUAAUGAUGUUGCAAAAACAACAUCAACAAUUGUUACAACAGCAAGAACAGGAACAAAGAUAUGUUCAGGGGUUGCACCAUAUGCCUAACCAGCCGCAGCAACCGCUGCGGACGUCACCGCCGCAGCAGCAACCACAAGAGCCGCAGCUGAAUCAACAAAUGGAAUCACCACCGCAUCACCAACAAAUACAACCACCACUGCUUCACCAAUCUAUGAUACACUCACAACAAUAUCAUCAAAUGCCACCCCCAGCCGCGGUAAACUCUUACACAAACGACAUCCCUGAACCAGACAGAGAAGAGCCAGCCCCGAAGAGACCACGAAUUGAGCAAAACGAGACUAAUUUGCGCAAUACGAGGAUCGAACGUCCUCAACCUGCGCCUAAGACAUAUUCGAGGAAACAAGUAUAUACCCGUCGCAACAGCACAUCUGACUGGCCAAGUAAUAUUGCUACCAAUAAUAUUGUAGCCAGCCACAUGGCAGCCAGUAACAUGACAGUUACUAAUAUGCCAUCGAAUGAUAUUAUGCCUGCAAAUAAUAUGGCAUUGAAUAAUUUGGCAGCGAAUAAUAUGCCACCAAAUAAUAUUGCGGCGAAUAUUAUGGCAGCAAAUAAAAAUAUAGCAACAAAUAAUAUUGCAGCGAAUAAUAUCGCAGCAAAUAUUAUGGCCGCGGCGAAUAAUAUGGCUGGGAAUAACAUGGCUGCGAAUAACAUGCCAGCCACUAGCACGCCUAAUAACAGCCAGAUGUUCCAGCGUGGUCAUAUGGGCCAGCAAUGGCCGAACUCGCGCAUGCCGUCGAUUGCGAUGCAUCAAGGCGGCCAGCACCAGGCCCCCAUCAGCCAGAACUGGCCACAGAGGCCCGAGGCGCUGCAUCACGGUCGAUGGCCAGUGCCGGGUUGCUCCUGCGCACCAUGCAUCCGGAUGUUAAAGAUCGAACGUUACAGGAAACGUCAAUAA